AUGGGUAUCACGGAACAGUUGGACGAGACGGUGUCGAAGACCGAGACAAGCGGCGUGCUUCCCUCGGUGAGCGCCGUUGCCGAACUCGUAGCCGGGUGGUUUGGUUUCGAUGAGGUGCAGGAUCAGGAUCUAUACAGCGAGACGAUUGCGGCUGCUGUUGCGGUGGUCGCAGGAGGCCUGAUCCUCAAAGCAGCGUGGAACCAGCUGCACUGUCCACAGGCGCUGUAUGCGGAUAGCAGUAGCGCGCCUGCUGGAAGCAAGUCUCAGGUGCUCGUUGCUACCAAGACGAGCUCUGCUGACAUUGUCACCAGUGUAGAUCGUCAGAUAGAAAGUGAGAUUCGACGGAUCCUGGUACCAGCGUUUCCAGGCUAUGCCUUUAUCGGGGAAGAGUCCGCGUACGUCUCCAGCACAGUGACGAUGAACGCCGCAAAAACGGGUGCACCAGCGUGGAUGGUUGACCCCCUGGAUGGUACGACCAAUUUCGUGUCAGGUGUACCCCAUAUUUGCACCUCUGUGGCGUUACUCCGGGAAAGACACGUAGUUCUCGGGGCCGUCUACAAUCCGCUCACAGAUGAUUUAUGGGUAGCAGUACGCAACCGUGGUGCCUUUCUCAACGGUAGGCGCUUGUAUUGUCAGCGCCAUGUUCCCCUGUCGGAUGCGGUUGUUGUGACAGAGUUUGGGUAUGAGCGCAGCGCCGAGGGCGCCCGGCGUAUGUGCGCUGUGGUUGAGCGGCUGCUCUGUGAGCGCGUUCGAGCGAUUCGCAUGCUCGGUUCGGGUAUCUUGGAUUUGCUGUUUACAGCGCAAGGUGUCGUACAUGUGGUGUACGCGGGAAUUGCCGGCGAGGGCUGGCAACCCUGGGACUACGCUGCUGGUGUUCUGAUUGCCAAAGAGGCCGGCUGUGUUGUCGCGUCACUCGAGUCACCACCUGGGAUGACUUGUGACGGCGAGUUCCUGUCGCGCUGUGCCCAUGACUUUGACAUUUUCGGCCAGAGCAUCCUGUGCGCAUCCAGCCGUGAUCUCGCCCUCGAGGUGCACCACGUCAUUCGGGAAGCCUGCGAUCGCGUCUCAGAAAAGCAUCCGGCCGAUGCAUGA